AUGUCUACCAACACCGAGAACAAGCUCAAUACGUCGCUCGACGACAUCCUCAAGACCGAGCGCGCUGGACGCCGUGGUGGCCGCGGUAACCGUCGUUCGAACGCGGGCCGUCGCUCCACCGGCGGCGCUGCUGCUCCUGUUGGCGGUGUCUCCAAGCCCACCAAGCAGUCCAAGCAGCCCGUCAAGGCCGCUCCUGCUGUUCCCACCGCCCCCGCCGGUGGCGACCACAAGAUCAUGAUCUCCAACCUAGACUACUUUGCCUCCGCCAUCCACGUUGGAAGGCCCAAGAAGGUGGUUGUUCAAUAUGGAGCGAAUGGUCGCAGUCUGGGAACUGCCACCGUCACCUUUGCCCGCCAUGAUCAGGCUGCCAAAGCUUCGACUGCCCUCCAGGGUGUGAAGAUCGACUCCAGGCCUGUCCGCGUCGAGAUGGUCGUCAAUGCCAAUGUCUUGGCCACCUCCCGUCCCAGCAACCUCGCUGACCGCGUCACCCAACCCAAGAAGGACAAGCCCAAGCCUGCCACGGAGACCAAGGCAGCACCUGCCGGUGGUCGUUCAGCCCGCGGCCGCAACGGCCGUACUGCUACCGCAGCUCGUGGUGGUCGCGGAGGACGUGAGCGAACCAAGAAGAAGACGGUUGAAGAAUUGGACGCUGAGAUGGAAGGUUACUUCCCUGCUGGAGAAGGUAGCAAUGACGCCAUGGUUACCAACGGUGGUGCUGCGGCGGCCCCUGCCGCUGGUGGCGAUACCAACAUGGACGACGAGAUGCUCUGAUUCCGGUCAGAAUGCAACCUCAGCUUUUCCUUGAUUGGCCUUUUCGCUUCACUUCUUUCUUUCCAUUUCCUACAGUUGCCGGACGACACGAUC